UCAGUUUGGAAGAGAAAUGGCGAGGAAAGGUUCCAUUGGAGGCUACGAUGAGGAAAGAUUCGUAAAUAAAAUCGACGACAGGCUACUUUGCCCGAUCUGCCACAAAGUCUUCAAAGACCCAGUGCAAUGCUCAAACGAACACCACUUUUGCCGUUCGUGUAUCCUAAAGUCUUUAUACGAAGCCUCUGCAAGCUGCCCAACUUGUCAACAAACUCUCACGGAAGAAACCUUGGUUAAACCACCGAGAUUUUUGGCGGAAACUUUGGAGCGUCUCAAGAUUCGUUGCGAUCACGAAAGCCGUGGUUGUCGAGAAGUGGUCGAGCUUGAAUUUCUUGAUCGGCAUGUCGAGAGAUGUGGCUAUUCACCAACAUGUUGUACAAAUCCGGGCUGUUCUGAAGUCAUCAACCGAAACGAGCAAGAACGACAUGAAGACGAACUUUGUCGUUUUCGUAUGAUUGUCUGUGACGAGUGUGGAAGACAAGUGAUAUGGAAGUCGAGAGCUGUUCAUAUCUGCUUCAUGCGGAAAGAAAUCGAUGAUUUAGUCAAAGAAAGGAAGGAGUUCAAAGAGAAAGAGUUGGCUCAAGAUGAGUUCAACCAAAAGCUGAUGGCGGAAAUUGCCCGUCAAAAUGUUGUCGUUGAUGAUCUACGCCGUAGAAACGAAGAGAUGGAAUAUGAAAUGAAUAAUAUGAGAGUAAACAUGGAAUAUAUCGCAACCGAAGCAACUGUGAGAAGCGACUGGUUCACAGGAAGACGAAAGAUUUACGUCUGCGGAGGGCGUGAUGAUGAGUUUUUCCUCAAAUCCGUGGAGUCGUUCAGUUGGCCUGAGAACUCCUGGACAUUGGAACCAGAAAUGAACGUGGCACGAUCAGCUGCUGCAGCAUUUGUUUACCAGGAACAAAUCAACGUGUCUGGCGGAUGGAAUGGAAAGGAGAUUGUCGACAGCAUCGAAUGGAUGAAUGCUGUUAAGAUGCCAAUCAAAUCCAACGGUCACGGAAUGGUUUGUCGUGAAAAUACUGCGUUUUUAACUGGUGGCUGUGAUGAGGACAUCGUUUCUGAUGGGAUUUACGAAAUAAAACUAACUCCCCCAUACACGACGAGGUUAUUGACCCAGUUGCCAGAGAGAAGAUGUUUCCAUGGUUGUCAAAUCAUUGACAACGAAAUCGUGGUCGCUGGUGGACGGACAUCGUAUUCCUUUGAGCACGCUACCAACACUGUAUUUGCAUACGAUAUUAACAAUAAUGAAUGGAAAACCCUGUCGCCACUGCCAUUUCCUAUCCUUGAGAUGGCUACUGUUGGUUAUGAAGGUAAUAUAAUUUUGAUCGGAGGUACUGACGAAAAUUGCGAAACGUUGAACACAGUAUUUAUGUACGAAGUGAAAACAGGAAAAAUUAAGAUGUUACCUUGUCUUAAUCAUAAAAGAGCGGGAAGUGCAGCAGUUAUCACUGGCAAUAUGAUUAUUGUCAUCGGUGGUUAUGAUUAUGAAACUAAAACAUAUCUUAAUUCAGUCGAGUGCUUAGAUUUAAGUGUCAAUGAAUGGAAAGAACUGGCCCCAAUGACAAAGAAACGAGGUUAUGCGACUGCAGUUCUUCAACCAAUGUAUUAGAAUAUAUAUUCAAGGAACCAUGUAAGUUCAAAAGAACAAAACUGAUCCAGUAUUAGUAAUCUAG